AUGCAAAAUGAAGGUGAGAAUCAGCGAAAGGAGAUGAGUGUUCUUGAUCGAUCAGAGCCUCGUUACUGUUACUUCUUCAACUGGAUGCAAAAUAAGUUGAAUGGCGGACAAGCCAACAAAAAGCCAAAUGCAGUUCCUGCUGCAAAUCAAACAAAAUUUGAAGAACCCGGCAAAGAAAAAUUCAGCGGCUGGUCUAACGGGUUGCUGGCGAUCGGAACAUUUGGUAACAGAGAUCGAAGGGAAGACGAAGAGAUCCAACGCGCUGCCCAGACUGCAGAAACUGAUAGUCAUGAAAUCCUUCAGGAAGAUCAUGAGCAAUGCUCAUCUCCUGACGAUUUAACAGAAUUCACACCUGAAGAAGUUGGACAACUACAGAAAGAAUUGACAAGGCUCUUGAAAAGGAAACCUACGUCUACCGCUGCUACAAAAGCAACUCCCCUUGAAGGAUCAGAAGUUGCGGCUGAUCUUCCACUGGACAGAUUCCUUAACUGCCCAUCAAGUUUGGAAGUUGAUCGUACUAUUUCGAAUAGAUUCAGCGUUAAUUCAGAUUAUAGAGAUGAGGAAGACAUUGACCGAACUAUCAGAGUGAUUAUCGGGAGAUGCAAGGAAGUUUGCAUGGAAAACAAGAAGGCGGCUAUCGGAAAAAAGUCCAUUUCCUUCCUGCUCAAGAAAAUGUUCGUGUGCAGAAGCGGAUUUGCACCAGCUCCCAGUUUGCGAGAUACGCUGCAGGAAUCAAGAAUGGAAAAGCUUUUGAGGACAAUGCUCUCCAAAAAGAUGUACCCACAAAAUGCUUCUAGAGCAUCAUCGAUGAAGAGGAUUUUAGUGGACCGGCACACACAGAGGGGAGAAAAAGAGGACGAAACCCAAGACAAAAUACAAGAAGUUUGUAAAUGGGUCAAGACUGAUUCUGAAUUUAUUGUUCUCGAUUUAGAUUGA